ACGUUGUUAUGCCGCGUCACACUGUUGCUAAACUAAUCGUCACGCCAUCCCUUCUCAAAGUCAGGGUAUGAGUCGAGAAACCUGUGUCUUUGCCUCGAAAGGAACCCCAUCAAGAACAUCAACUAGACAGAACGUUGGAGAGAUUGGUGACAACAAACAGGAUGAAAAUAAUUCUGAAGGCCAGACUGAUUCUCCAGCAUCAACAGAGGUAGCUGCCCCUACUCCACAGGUCAUCUUUUCCACAGAACCUGAUGCUAAUGAGGAUGGAGAUAAAGUAGCUCCCAUUGAAGAUGAUGUUACAGAGAAUGAGGAGGUCAAAGAUGUCCCAGCUUGUGAAGCGGAGCAGAUGGACACAACUCCUGCUGCUGAGGAGGAAGCUGUUAAGGUCACCUUUGAGUCCGAAAAUGCCAUCGACGAUGCCAGUAAUGUUGAAGAGAAGACCAAUGGAAAUGACCAGGCUGUUGCAGUCGCCCCAGUGAAGAGGAAAGCAGAGGAUGAGACUUCUCCAGCUAAGAAAACAAAGUGCAUUAAUGGUGGUUUUUGUCUUUUUGUUGGUAACUUGAACACAUCCAAGGAAGUGGAGGAAAUCAAUGAUGCCUUGGCCAACUUUUUUACGUCGCAUAGUCUGUUAUUUCAAGCUAUUCGAGUGGACAUAACAAAGAAAUUUGCAUAUGUAGACCUUCACACAGAGGAAGACUUGACAAAAGCCCUUGAGCUGGAUAGGGUGAAGAUCCUGGACCAAAAGAUAAGGCUAGGCAAGGCUAAUGUCAAAGAUGUCACAACAGAGGAAAAAAAAGCUAAAGAUGCCAAGACCUUGUACGUCAAAAAUAUCUCAUUCUCGGCAACAAAGGAGGACUUGAAGAAAGUCUUUGACACGGCGGUCGAAAUCAGGUUUCCUCGAGGCAUUGGCCGACCAAGCAAAGGAAUUGCCUACAUAGAGUUCAAAACAGAGGCCAUUGCUGAGAAAGUGCUGGAGGAGAAGCAGGGGACUGAUGUCCAAGGCCGUGUCAUCGUUAUUAACUUCUUGGGAGAAAAGAGCAAACAACAAAAAAUUAUCAAUGCUCCAGCUGAGGCCCCACCGAAUAACGAGUUAUUGGUGACAAACCUGGCUUACACUGCAAAAGAGGAUGCCCUAAGGAAAAUCUUUCUCAAAGCAGUCAGUGUCAGAAUACCACAGAGCAGUGGCAAACCAAGAGGUCAUGCCUUCAUUCAGUUUGAAAGUGUGGAGGAUGCCAAAGAAGCCAUGGAAUCAUCGUUAAACAAAGAGAUUUGUGGAAGAGCCAUCGGAGUAAAGUUCAGCCAGAAGAGGCCAGAGGGUGACCAAGAGAACUCAGUUCCUUCCAAGACGUUGAUGGUCAGGAAUCUUGCCAAGGAGACGAGCGAGGAGACUUUGAAAAGCUCCUUUGAAGGUGCCAUUGAAGCUCGAGUCACUAAAGACAAGGAGACUGGUGAAUCUAGAGGGUUUGGCUUUGUGGACUUUGAGAGCAUAGAGGUCUGCAAGGCUGUUAAGGAGGCUGUGGUGGACCUUCAGAUUGACGGGAGCAAGGUGACCCUGAUCUAUGCCACGCCCCAGGGCGAACGAGGCCCUCGUGGAGAAGGAACGGGCUUCAACAGGAGCUUCAGAGGGAAACCCGGAGGUCGAGGUGGCGGUCGAGGCAGGGGCAGGGGUGGAGGCUUCAGGGGUGGACGAGGAGUUUCUCUUCCCAAGAUAGACGGAGAACUUUCCGGAGACCCACUGGACCUAAAGAUGUUCAACGCCACAGACUGGAUUCUGGAGGAGCCUACAGACUAAGAGACAGCCCUCUACAAUUCCAUAAUGCCCAUGCAGGUGCUCCCCAAGUUCAACCAGGAAGUAAAUCUAGCAAAGGACAUGGAGCUGCCUGAGUUGACGGUAAGAAGUCUGAGGACAUUUUUCAAAAGCAUAUUUCUUUCUUUCCUUGAGUAUUGAUUUGUAUGUGAAUGGAUAGGUUGAAUGCAUAAUGUUUGACUGACCAUGUGCUGUCUGUCUGUCGUAAAUCGUCAUAUGAGAUUGGGAUUGUUUGCCAGUUCCCCUUCUCGUCGGCUCUACAGAGGACAAAUGUGGUCGUCCGGAGGCUGGGGAGAAGGGCAUGGACACCUACCUCAAGGAGGCGCCAGAGGUUAUGGCCAGCCUCUGCAGAGAGGACACAUAUUAUAUCGGAGAGCUUUACCGAGACACUGGAGUCUGGGUUUCAGAGUCAUAACCCUGGCCCAUAGCCAGCUGGAGGCCAAACUCAGAAUGGGCUGAAUACUAGACCAAUAUGGAGUUCCUUGGGCUCGUAAUCAUGCCAAACAAGCGGAAGGAAGAGACUGCCAGGGCUUUAAAAGACCUACGACUUGCAAACAUUCGCACUGUGAUGGUUACUGGGAGGGCCGAGCUGCUUCUGUCUGUUCAAGUUCAUGGCCCUGUACAGCAUCAUCCAGUACCUCAGUGUCACACUCCUCUACUCUCAGUACUUGUCCCCGAUCAGUUUAGAUGAACUGACAAACAGGGUACCGGCUGGUUUGAGAUCAGUUUUAAGGGCUUGUGCUUCUCUGUUUCUAGAUCCUCAGCAACCUAGGAGACUUCUAGUUUCACUUCAUUGACGUUGCUGUCAUCCUAAUAAUCGCCUUCACGAGUUGUGUGGAUCUCUCUCUCCUACAUAUUUUAGCUCGCAUUACCUGAGCCGAGUGUUUCAACAGACGCUGUACUAAACAUCCCAACCACAUUCUUUAUGAGAUUAUUUGCCGUUGGGAACAAGACAUUCAGCUCUUCCGUUUAUCCUCAACCUUUAUGUAAAUCACUUUGAGAUUUUUCUGUAGAAUCAGAUGUGCUCCAUUAAUAACAUGUAUCAUGAUAUACUGUUGUUUUGAUUGAUUUCCAAUCACAGUCCCCAUCCAGUCUGAUCUCAGGCCCUCUGCUGUUCUCUGUGAUGACCCAGAACCUUUUGGUACACUGCUACUACUUGCUGUUUAUUAUCUGUGCAUAGUCACUUCACCCCCACCUUCAUGUACAAAUUACCUCAACUAACCUCUACCCCCGCACACUGACUCAGUACCGGUGCCCCAUGUAUAUAGCCUCGUCAUUGUUAUUCUUAUUGUGUCACUUUUAAUUAUUACCUUUUAUUUUAGUCUACUUGGUAAAUAUUUUCUUAACUCGUCUUGAACUGCACUGUUGGUUAAGGGCUUGUAAGUAAGCAUUUCACGGUAAAGUUUACACUCGUUGUAUUCGGCGCAUGUGACAAAUAGCGUUUGAUUUGAUCCUCACCUGCUUGGCCUUCCAGGUCCUGGCCUUCCUCUGGAUCCGAGGCCAGAGCUGGCACCAGAAUUGGACGCCCCUCUCAGAAUGUGUGCACUGCACUGCCUGGGCAGUGGGGGAAGGAAACUGGGACACCUAUUUGGCUAUUAUGACUCUCCACCACGCCACCUAGUUGUGCAAUUAUAUCUAAGAAGUCCAUCCAAAGGUCAAUGAAGGUCACCCUUGGACUUUGCUCUGGAUGACAGUUACCAUCAUGGCAUAUCCUGUAAACAAUCUGAGGUACAAUAUCUGGCCCAAGUAAUUAGGUCCAAGAAAGUUGACUUCAUGAAUAAUUUUGCACGCCCAAUAUUUCAGUUUUUGAUUUGUUAAAAAAGUUUGAAAUAUCCAAUAAAUGUCGUUCCACUUCA